AAAAGAAACUUCAACUUCCAGUUUCACUUUAUGGUUCUGGAUUUUCUAGAGCCACAUGGUGAACACUUUCUUUCUCACACACGGGAGAAAAGAGAUGUGCUUUCAGACCCCAAGAUUUACUCAGCAAACAUUUUACUAAAUGCAUCAAAUGUGGAAACCUUUGAGCAGCUGCUGUCAACCCUGAACGUCACCAGUUAUCCUCUCCAGCUGGAUAACACCACAGAGAUCCAAAAUAUCACUGUUACCACAGUGUGUGUCUCCACUGAAACUGGUUUCCGGUGUGAGUGUGAAGAGCAGUUUGCCUGGCCGUACAGAACCUGCAUCACAUAUGGAGCUUGUGAUUCCGUAUCCAGCGGCGUCUGUAAAUGCAUCUCAGCGAUCCCAGCUGACGGCUCUUCCUGUCAGCUGAUCUCAGAGCUGCUUGUUCAGUCUCAGUAUGAGGUUGAAGUGGAGCUAAAUCUAACAGAUGUUGAAACAGUGGAAUUUCUCAGGAGCCUUCUGAACAAUGGCAGCUUCUUUACCUUGAACCCCACAGUGAAUGUCACACAAAUGAACCUCACCACAGCCUGCUCUCCAGUCAGUGGUGAUUACCAGUGCAGGUGUGAGGAUCAGUAUCGUUGGCCAUGUGACCAAUGUGUAACAUAUGGAUCAUGUGACAACAUCACUGGUGACACAUGUGGAUGCAUCAGUGGCAUUCCUGCUGAUGGACAGUACUGCCAGGCUGAGGAUCAAUACAACUUUACAGCCUGUCCUCCAACAACAGCAAUUACUCUAACACAUACAAUUGCAGCCUCCACGGCACCAGCAGUCAUCCGUCAAUUCAUUGUUUCUGUUGAGCUGACAACCACAGAUGUUGGAGUUGUAGAGCAGCUGAGAAACAUCAGUUUCCCCCUCAGCCUCAGUGAAGGCAUCCAGCUCUCCACCAUGAACAUUUCUACAGUGUGUUCCCCGUAUAAUACCAGCUACCAGUGCAGAUGUGAGGAUCAGUAUGGCUGGCCUUGUGACAUGUGCUCCACUUAUGGCCAAUGCAACAAAGUUCUGGACAGUACCUGUGGAUGCAUCAAUGCGCUUCUUCCAAAUGAUACUUACUGCCAGCCACUGUCAGAUCUCGAUGUUUGUCCAACACCAACUCCUAGCGCUUCACGAGUUGUUUAUCAAUUCCUGAUUUCCCUUGAGUUGAAAACCACAUAUGUUAGAGCUGCAGAAGAGCUGAGAAACAUCAACUACACCAUCGGCUCCAUCAAUUUAGUGCAGAUCACUGACGUUUACAUCUCUACAGUGUGCUCCCCUCACAAUACCAGCUACCAGUGCAGAUGUGAGGAUCAGUAUCGUUGGCCAUGUGACCAAUGUGUAACAUAUGGAUCAUGUGACAACAUCACUGGUGACACAUGUGGAUGCAUCAGUGGCAUUCCUGCUGAUGGACAGUACUGCCAGGCUGAGGAUCAAUACAGAAAUUAUGAAUGCUCACUGCAAGGAGACUCUAUGACUUUCAUCCAAGAAAGAAAUGUGGGAACAAAUGAGAUCAAAUCAGCUCCUAACGUGCGAGUCCAGCAAACCAUGUUGGCGAAAUGCAAGGAGGGACAAAAUCAACCAGUAGACUGCUGUGUGCAGUCUCCUUAUACUAUCAAGUGGUAUGAUGGUUCAAAGCUUUUAACUUCUGGGUCAGACUGCAUCAAGUAUGAAUAUCCAAUGAAAAGCUGCAGCGUACAACAAACAAAAACAUUCACAUGUAAAGUUACUGAAGACGAGACGUAUAGCGCAACAACAACCCUGACCAUUUUUACAGAUCCUAUUGUGUGUGACAAUGAGGAGUAUGGGUCUGGACGAACCGGUGACAAAGCAAACGCAAUGUGCCCUGUUGGCUUGGAGGGGUACAAGACUGCCGAGUGUCAGAAAUCAGGAGAAUGGAAACUUGUGGAGGACACCUGCAUUGUAACCAAGAUCAAUGAAUUACUUAUUGAGUCAGUGGAUCUGAAGGAAGAAGAGAUUCAGGUAUUUUCAACAAAUCUAAGUAAGGUUGUCAAAGAAGAGGAGGAGAAAAUCUCAAAAUCUUCAGCAACAAUAUCAGCUGUGGUUAACCUAUUAAAGACAAUUGCAGAUGUUUCAAAAGAGGUUACUAAAGAUGUUAUGAAGAAUGUGCUAGAUACUGUCGAUGUCCUUGUUAGUGACGGAGCAAAAGACUCCUGGAACUUUCUGAACUCAAACGAAACCCAAAAUUCAAGCUCAGCACUUCUUGGUUCAAUGGAGACAAUCUCUAACAAACUGAAUGGAAAUUUUACUUUAAGUACUCAACGGAUCCAGAUGGGCAGGUCCAAGUUCAGUAACUCUUUCAGUGAAGAAUUGACCUCCAAUGUGUCCAUAACUCUUCCAAAUACAGGCCUCAGUGACGUCUUUAUAACCACUAUUGUAUUCUCCACCCUCCACAACGUUAUGCCGUCUCGGAAUUCUUCGUUUAACCUUACUGUGUCCAACACCACCAGCAAUGAAACUAUACCUGACAAUGUCAUCAAUGGUGCUGUUCUGCUUGUCAAAGUAAAUGAAGUGAUUAACAAUGUCACUCUGAGCUAUCAAAAGCUCAAUACCACUCUGGAACUGAACCCUCAGUGCGUUUUCUGGAAUUUUACUCUCUUUGAUAAUCUUGGCGCAUGGGAUGACCAGGGCUGUGAGUUUGUUUCUGAUAUAAACGACACUGUAACCUGCACCUGCAACCAUCUCACAUCGUUCUCAAUUCUUAUGUCAACUGACAUCCCUGAAGAACUAAGACUAUUACUGGACAUAAUGACAUAUAUCGGUGUUGGAAUAUCAAUGAUCAGCUUAAUUAUUUGUCUCAUCAUUGAAGGAAUCGUAUGGCGACCCCUUACUAAAAGCACUGCCUUUAUGCGCCAUGUUGCCAUUGUUAACACAGCCCUGUCCUUGCUGAUUGCUGACAUCUGUUUCAUCAUUGGGGCCGCCAUUGCAAAGAACCCCAAAGAAAACCCAGGCGAGGACUACAAAGUUCCAGUUGGACCAUGCAGUGCAGCAACCUUCAUGCACUUUUUCUAUCUCGCCAUGUUCUUUUGGAUGUUUGUUUCAAGCCUGCUGCUCUUGUACCGGUCAGUCAUGGUCUUCUCCCAAAUGUCCAAAUGGACGAUGUUCGCCAUUGGCUUGACUGUUGGAUACGUUUGCCCUCUGAUAAUAGCUGUUACUACAGUUGCUGCCACUGCACCUGGGGGUGGAUAUGUAAGGGAAGAUCAAGCUUGUUGGCUAAACUGGACAAAGACCAAGGCUCUCCUGGCCUUAGUGAUCCCUGCCUUGGCAAUAGUUGUGUUCAAUAUUUUGGUCAUUCUGGUGGUUUUGUACAAGAUGCUCAGAAGACGAAGCACUGGAAACCAAGCCCAGGCAGAUGAGAAAAAUGCCCUGCUUGUCAUUCUAAGAUGUGUGGCUAUAUUGACUCCAUUAUUCGGACUGACCUGGUGUUUGGGAAUUGGAACCAUGGUGGACCCAACAAAUGGAGGGAUCCAUGUUGCCUUUGCUUUCUUCAACUCCUUACAGGGCUUCUUCAUUUUAGUGUUUGGGACGUUAUUCGAUGCCAAGAUCCGCUCUCUUGUUUUGCGACAAGUACCUGCAUUAAGCACUACUUCUAAUCGCACAAAGAGCACUACUAGUGCAGGAAGUUCUUCCAGUCGUGCAGAAAAUGUCAUGAACCGAAUUUUUCGGAGAAGGGGAGUGUACCAUGUUUCACAAGUUCCAAACACAAGCAGCAACACUGACUCGUCACAGUCGUACAGCAGCAUCUAAAUCAGUUCAAGACAUGUCUGCAGAUUUAUGCACAAAAUUCCUCAUUUUUUUGUUGUCAAUUUAUUUAUAAAUGUUGCCUUUUUAAAGAUAGGAAAUGGUGGUGAUGCAUAAAUAGUCCAGCAUCACCACCAUUCCACAAACUUAUGAAGGAAGCUGAAAUAGUAUUUUAACACAGUGGCACAUCUCUUGUUUGUACUACUUGACACUUUACUGCUGAUUCUGUCUUGAUAUUGUGAAGACAGUCAGAAUGUAUAGGACUUUUUACAACGCAAUGCAAAGAGCUAAAGAAGAAAAUAAUUUCCUCCCCCCUGAACUCUUCUGCUAAUGUUACGCAAGAUUAUUUCAAUCAGGAGAGACUCAGAUGAGAAUGAAAGCGAUUAGAAAAGUUAAGUAAGUCUUUGGCGCUCGGGCCCCGGCUAAGGACAUCGAGCUGACGCGAUAAGCUCGGAUGAGCAUUCCGGAUGCUGAUAGGAAUGACAUCCCCCCGGGACCCGGCCUGGUGGUGGAGGUCAGUGAAUGAGUAUGCCUGGGAGCCUGGACGGUGGAGGUGGGUUGAGCGCAGACUCGGGAGCGUCUGAUGGGGAAGGAAGGGCCGAGGACGCGGCUAAGCAGCUGUACGCAAGGAAUCACGAAGAAAGGGAUCCGCUGGGAUGGCUUGCUGGGAAGCUGGGGCGUGCGAAUGAACGUGUUGAGCGCAGCAGCGAAACGGGAGGCACUUUGGAUGGACGUCCUUAUGAACUGGGGCGUGGUCGGUGAUUGGCUGCGACAUGGCUAGGUCUAGAGAUGAUAGGUCGUCAGUGAUUAGCGGGACGCACCUACUGAAACCUGCGGGUGGAGCUAAAGAGUCUUCCAGAUUGAAUUUACGCCUAGGCUCCAUUUCAUAGAUGGUUGAAAUAUGCUGACAUAAAAACAGUCAUAUUAGGAAAUGCACUUAAAAUUAAAGCAAAGAUACAAUGGUGCCGCUUUGGAAAAUGGAGUGAAAGUAUUUUUUAAAAAUAUUGAAGGCGAAUUCAAAAAUGUCAAUCUCUACAGAAAUUCACGUAAAAUAUGGAUAUUCAAAGAUGUGGACAUGAGAUGAGUUGAAGAUGAUUUACUAUAAUUUACAAUUGUUUGACUUGGGUGAUAAUUAAUAACAUUUGAUCAGAAAAGCUGCAGAUUCGAGAAGAUUGAAAAUAAAGCAAUGAGAGUUAUUGAACCAAGAAAACUUGUUUCCUUUUUUCUCCCACUGAAUACACGCAGUAUGACCUGCUGGGCAGUUGUAUCAAAUGGUUGGGGUAAAUAAAGUUACUGUUCUUGUUUUCAGUUGGAUCAGGGUAUUUACCGCAACCUCUUUUUAAAAAAAUGAAAACUAUAUAUCACCUUUUCCUGUAAUGUUUAAAGGUAUAAUUAACUUGCAGAGGAACUUUUCUCAUAAUAUGUAAACAUGUACUAAUGAAAAUUUGUUAUAGUUGCAUUUGCUUAAUAUUGUAUAUUUUUCGUGGAAUCAUAAAUUACACACUUUGAUACAACACAAAGGGCAAAAUGAACCGUUUAUAUUUAAGUGUUGUCUGUCAUGUCACACAGAAAUGCUUCUUUAAAGCUGAUAUUUCUGUUAGAACUAAAUAAAUGUAGGUGCUUUGAUUGCAUCAACACAAAGUUAUUCACUUAUUUUAAGCUUUUGAAUGAAAGUGACCAAGUUUUACAGACAUUCAUCCUCAGGUUGUUUCCACUGAGGAUGAAUAUUUUCUAUGAUUAUUUCUUUCCAGUUUUGG